AAGAGCAGCUUCCUCCCUCUCAUACUGCCUCGUAUCAUAUCUUUGGUCGUCAGGGGGUCUUCUUGGUUCUUUAAAACUUCUUCUCCAUCUUCUUGAGUCUUGCUGGUGUAGUUGUUGAGAGAUUGGGAGAGAGAGAGAGAGAGAGAGAGAGAGAGAGAGAGAGAGAGAGAGAGAGAGAGAGAGAGAGAGAGCUUGCAGCAAUGGGAUUGGGACGCACCUUGGAGUUCCUGUCUGAGAUGUUUGGGGGUGGUGAAGGCCACGGCUACGACAGGAGGAGGAAGAGGAGGCAGAUGCGGACGGUGGAGCUCAAGGUCGCCAUGGACUGCGAGGGGUGCGAGCGCAAGGUCAAGAACGCACUCUCCCACAUGAAAGGGGUGCGAUCAGUGGACAUCAACAGGAAGCAGCAGAAGGUGACGGUGGUAGGCUACGCGGAGGAGAGCAAGGUGCUGAAGAAGGCGCGGUCCACGGGCAAGAAGGUCGAGAUAUGGCCCUACGUGCCGUACAGCCAAGUCAGCCAGCCCUACGUCGCCGGCACCUAUGACAAGCGGGCCCCGGCCGGCUACGUCAGGAGGGCCGAGCCCGGCUACAGCCAGGUUAGCAGGCAGCACGACGAGCUCACCGACAUGUUCAACGACGAGAACGCAAACUCCUGCUCCAUCAUGUGAAAGAGAAAGCAUAUGGAUAGUGGGUUCCUCUGCAUCUGAAAGUGUUGACUGUACUGCAUGGUGAUGAUGUUUGCAAGUAGAGCUCAAGUAUUGAAGUAUGAAUGUUUGUUUGCGAUGCUGAUUUGCUGAUUAAGUCCACUGUUAGUUAUUCAACUACCAGCUCGCUGACAUGUUCAUCAACGAUAAGAGUGCGAACUCCUGCUCCGUCACGUCAAAGAAAAACACUUUUCCUAUUAAACAGCUAGCUGUUUUACAAUUGGGAAACAGCUACCUUUUUGGCCGUCCGAUGUAUUCACCAAUCUUGGUGCAUCUCUAUCUAGCUUCUACUUUGUGCCCCGUUGAGUCUCCCCGCACUCCCCCGACUUUCCUUUUCAGUGUGAUUUUUGAAAUUUCAUUUUCCUUUCAUUUAUUCUGUCGGAGUCUGCGGGGAGGCGGAGGAAUGGCGGAGUAGGAUUCGGCGAAGCCGCAACUAGCUCGACUGGUGUUGGAGGGGUCGGCGGCUGCAGCGGCGGCGCACCCUGCUUGGCCUGCAUCGGUCUGCACCAGAGCGGGGAGUGCUGCUACGCCGCAGCCGGCGGAAGGUGCAAUGGGGGGAGGUGUUCGGUUCCUCAUGUUCUUCGUCGUCCACCGGGGAAGAGGUCGCCGAUUCGCGAGCGCAGAAGUCCUAGUUCCCGCCAUCGUGAUGGGUAAUUGCUUGUUCCCAUGUCCUCUUGAUUUGUGUUCUCUAAUGGGGGUGGACGGAUCCUAGCACGCCUCUGUCGUCCGUGACUGCUCCGGGGUCACCAGGAGGAGGGAACGCGGAGGAGGGAAACCAGGUAGGCAAGAAAAUGAUGCGAGGACGCGGGUGUUAGGCUGUUGCCUUUUGUGUUUCGCUGCAGGGAUCGCUUGAGAUUGGACUGCUCAGAUGCUAUUGUAGAGAUUUGACCUUCUCUUUUUUGUAGAGCCGCAUCAGCUGUGAGUUGGUUUUGGAGCCGCAUCAGCUGUUGUUGAUGCUUCGCAUGUGUAGUACCUCUGCUUAUGCGUGAUGUAGUGCUCGAUUUAUUGGACGUUUUAGGUAGUGUUUGGUCUAAAUCUGUUCAUCUGGGUUGGAGCUCCUUGCAGAUGAUCUAGGGCAUUUGGGAUAUUGUCGAUUUGUAGUUGGAGAUAGGUAGCUAGAUUUGUUAGUUUGACCUGAAUGUGUUCAUCUGUGCUGAGAGUAGCUGCAGAUAUUUUUGGGCGUUCUGGGGUUAAUUUUGAGAGGAUUAUACAUAUGUAAAUGCUAUACAAUGUUGUAUAUGUUCUAAAUGCAGAGAGAAUAGCUAUAUAAAUUGUUGUGUUUGAUUUCUUUUGUAGAUGCCCAUGUAUUUGGCUAGAUGAAGUUGGGUUGUGAAUUUAGUUUAAGACUGAGUCGUAUUUCUUUGUUCUCUUAUGAGGAAUCCGUAUGAUGUUGGGUUGUUUGUCUCUGCGCUACAACCUGUUCAUUUUUUUGUUUCUGUGUUGUGUCCAUGCCUACUGCACUUUAUUGUUGCUCUUAUGAUCUUGUUUUUCCUUCUCUUGCCACUAGUCCGGUAGAAGGAAACAACAACAAUGGAAAAUCCAGCAGCAAAAGAUUACACGCUGAGUACCAUUUGUAGCAUCUUGUUCAGUAUCUUGUGCAUCAUUAUCUAAAAUUUCUCCACGGCUUGUUCAGUUAUGUUCUUCACCUCCUUUUCUUGGUUUUCAUCAGGCGAUUCAGAUUUAUCUUUCUUGGAUCAUCAUGUUGACCAAUGUCUGCACUCCUUUUAUCCAGGUUCCAAGAAUGAUCAAAAUCAUGGUUAUGUUCUUCAUCUUCUUCGUCAUCUUCUUCAGCAACCUAACAUGAUAACAUUCUCAAAUGCAUGUCAUCAAACAUAGUUGAGCCCCAUGGAUUAUCAUCAGCUUCUUCCAAAGUUCAGAUGCUCGUGUGGAUGCUUGCUCGCUCGCUUGUGUGUAAGGUUGUAGCAGCUCAUCUCCGUCCGUGCAUGAAUCAGAUCAACUUUGGACCUAAGGAUGUAGCUACUCAUCUCCCGUCCAGCAUGGAUCAGGUGCCAACAUCAGUAGCUGCGAAUAUCAUCUAGCUUUGUAUCAGUUGCUUUCAGCAGCCCAUGCACUCCUAGUCUAGGCACAUCCCUAUCCGAUGCUACUUACACCUCUCUGAACGUCGAGAUCCAAUCUGACGUACUGACCUAGUUCCUCAUCUUCGGCGCCUGGUUUUCAGCAGCCAAUGUACUCCUCUUCAAGUUGUUAAGAAGAUCGGGACCAUACCGUUGGGUGUACAGCAUCUCCAAGUGGAAGUAGGGUUUCUUGCGAAAAUUCAUGUCCUUUCUUCUUGUACGGUGUUGUAUUUCUCUUUCGUCCAUUGUUUUGGGGUAGGAUCCUGUCGAUCUGGAUCCUGAGAGGAGCAGCGAAUGGCUGGAGCACGGGAGGUGUUUGCUUGCUGAAGAAGACGGCCGGACAACUGUUUUGGGCCUUGUAGGGUCAUGCACGAGCUGAGUUUUCAUGUUUCGUUUGUAACGUUAAGCUGGUUGCAUUUUUCGUGGGCUGUUUUGCUGGCAUCGGACACAAAAACAGCCUGUAACUCAAAAUCUGUCUGUUUAUGUUAAUGAAACAGACACAUUUUUCAUUAAA